UCCCCCCUCUGGAAUCUGAUACAGGCAACUGUCUCAUUCCUAGUCCGGCUGGUUUUCCUCCCCACGUUUCUCCAUCUGGCUGCAUAGACUGCAGCAUCGCAGCUACUUCAGAUGGACGUGCUGGACGUUCCCGCAGACCGCCAGAAAGGAUGGUACCUUUCACUCAUGGCCCCCAACACAAAAGGACCAGAGUUCGCCUGGCUGGACCCGUCCAGACUCUACUGCAACUCGCAGGCUCUGGCAGACUGCGUCAAAGACCUUCUGGGUCCGUUUCACAGCGACCCCGUUGACCUGGUUGCUGGGAUCGAUGCCAUGGGAUUAAUUCUUGGGGCUUCUGUCGCCACGACUCUUGGAAAAGGUUUUCUGGCCAUUCGUAAAGCAGGUCAUCUGUGUGUAGCGACCCAAAAACAGAACUACACAGACUACACAGGAAGAGAAAAGACUAUGGAAGUAAGACUGGAUGUGCUAAAACCAGGUCUGAGGGUCUUGCUGGUGGACCAGUGGAUAGAGACGGGCGGCACGAUGAGGGCUGCCAUCCAGCUGGUGGAAAACCUGGGAGCCACGGUCGCAGGUGUGGCAGCCGUGGCCAUCGAGAACACGGAGGGAGGGAAGUGGAUCAAGGAAAACUACAAGUUCUCCCACUGCAUCCCAGAAGGGCUGCAGAGCCAAGUGGACGGGAAACACCUGGACUCUUUCAAGAGCUUCACUAAGUAGAGGCGACCCUCAGCGAAGACGACUAGGACGCAUUUUACGUGAAAUGCUUUAAUUUGCAUAGAGAUACUGUAACGUAGUAGGUUUAAUUUUAUUUUUUUUUUACUAACUAAAAUUAUUUGACAUGAUUGUAUUACUGCCAUAAAAAAAAAGAUUAAACACUUAAUGAUUAAACAGCAACGACUAGUCAAUGCAAACAGAAAACAGACGCUACAACAAAAUUCCGUCACUGAUUUGAUAGAAAGUAACGUAAAACGUACCCACCAGGAUUCCUGGAAAUGUUUUUAAAGCAGUGAGCAGUGAGCAGCAUGAGGCGUGCCAGAGAAGAUGGUGAUCAUCAAAGAGUGUGGUUUAGAAAUGAAUUUAGGAGGGAAUCUAUUCACUAUCAGUGUUUACAACGCUCAGCGUAACGCUGUAAUAAAUGGCAGCUCCAUGCUGAAACGACAGUAGUGUAACCUUUGUGACAACUUGUAUUGUAGUAGCAUAAUCUCACACUGAUCCAACCUUUAAUGUGAGCACAUUUUUGUGGAGGGUAAAGAGUAUAGAGCAGUAAUAAUCAAAUCACAAGCCUUAUAGUAAUUUGCAAUUGUGUAAUAUUGUUAAAAAUAACACUUAUUUUGGUAACACUUUGACAGAUUUGUGUAAGACAUUGCACUGUCAUAAUCAUGACAUAACACCUGUCAUUAUGAUGAUAGAGUCUUCAUGAAUGUUCAUGACUGUUGUCAUAAAGUGUAAUUAGGUAAAUAAUGACACUUUUAAUGAGAAGUUGAAUUAAAACUUGCCUUAAAAGUCCAUUAAAAUGGUCAACUUUCCAUUAGAAGUGUCAUAAUUUACCGAAUGACACUCCAUGACAACAGUCAUAAACAUUCCUGAAGACUCCUUCAUCAUCCUGACAGGUGUUAUGUUAUGAUUAUGUCAGUGUCAUGUCAGUCUUAUGCAUGUCAAAUAAAGCGUUAUCAUUAUUUUUUCUUCUGUGGGGGUCAGGGUGUUCACACAUCCUUUGCAAUGUCUUCAACGACCUGAAGAAUGUGUAAGUUGGCCUUCAACACAUUAAUCACAGGUCUUAUAUGUUUGU